GACACGGCGACCGUUCCGUGCUCCCAAAACCCAACCAACCAAAAAUGGCGACCACCCCGCCGGCCGCCGCUACCUUCCUCCACCACCACCUUCCCCUUCCCAGCCUCCGCCCCAGGACCCUUCUCAGAACCCGCCUCCUCCGCCUCGCCGCGUCCAUCAAUCCCUCGCCUCCCGACGAGACCCCCGCCGCCGACCCGCCGGUCAUCCCCUCGAUCAGCAUUGAAAACACCGAACCCGAAGAGGUUGCCCGCCGCCGCAGCUGGGUUGAGCACGGCUGGGCGCCCUGGGAGGAGGUCAUGACCCCGGAGGUCGCCUUCGCGCGCCACAGCCUAAACGAGGGCGAGGAGGUGCCCCUCCAGUCGCCGGAGUCCCUCGAGGCCUUCCGCAUGCUCACGCCGGCCUACCGGAAGAAGGUGGAGGCCGAGCCGGGGUACAUCGAGCGCCUCUUCGCGACGCGCGAAACGCCCGAGCCCCUUGAGACGACGUGGGCCGGCAGGCUCCCGCUGCGGCUCGUGCCGCCGCGGGACUGGCCGCCGCCCGGCUGGGAGGUGGACCCGGACGAGCUGGAGUUUAUAAGGGAGGCGCACAGGGAGGCGUCGGAGAGGCUGGACAUGGAGGCGGCGGCCGCGUCCGGGGUGACGAACGUGGAGAAGCUGGAGGACGCGCCGAAGGAUCUGGCGUUAGAUAGAUACAAAAUGUUCCUGAAGCAGUAUAAGGAAUGGGUGGAGGCAAACCGGGAUAGGUUGGAGCAGGAAUCCUACCAGUACGACCAGGAUUACUACCCUGGCAGAAGAAAAAGAGGUAAGGACUACAGAGAAGAUAUGCAUGAACUUCCAUUCUACUAUCCUGGACAGAUUUGUUAUGGGCAAGUGACGACCGUUCACCUCCAUCAGGGAGCCUUUGUGGACAUAGGCUGUGUCCAUGAUGGGUGGGUGCCGAUAAAAGGAAAUGACUGGUAUUGGAUCCGACAUCACAUCAAGCCUGGCAUGAAAGUAUAUGUGGAGAUUCUGGCCAAAAGAGAUCCCUACCGUUUCCGCUUUCCGCUUGAAAUGCGAUUUGUAUAUCCCAACAUUGAUCACCUAAUAUUCAAUAGAUUUGACUUUCCACCAAUAUUUCACCGUAAGGAGGAUACUAACCCAGAGCAGUUGUGGCGUGAAGGUGGACGGCCACCCAUUCCUAGGAAAAAACCUUUAAAGGAUAUGGAAAAGGAACCUUUGGUAUCAGAUCAUCCUUUUGUUGAUACGCUUUGGGAAUGGCAUAAUGCAGAGCAGAUGAUUUUAGACUACGAGGAGCAAAAUCCAGAUAAAUUCAAGGAUACAACAUAUGAGUCCACAGUUGAUGCAUCCUCAUUCGAUGAAGAAAACAGAGUUGAAUACACCGAAGGAUAUUUUAAAGAAACACGGCUAAAAAAGAAAGUUGUGAAUGUAAACAUCAAAGAACUUGAUCUUGAUGCUGCUCGUGCUGAGCGCCAGCUGAUAAAAAAACUGAAAAAGGAAGCAGAGGAAAGGGGAGAGCAGUACAAAGUUGGGAAGCUCCGACGUAACAGAGAAAUGGAUGAGUAUGAUCUGAUGCAAUGGCGGCGUUCAUUUGAAGAAAGGGAAGCCCUUAUCAGAGAUAUCUGCUGUCGGAAAGCUCUUGGUCUUCCUAUCGAGGAACCUGGGCGAUACGACGUAGACGAGACAGAGGUCUAUGGGAAGGAUUACUAUGACCCAGAGAAGCCAAUGUACCGCUAUGACUACUGGGGAGAGCCCAAGAACACCGAGAAGACUAGGCUGGAGCGGGAUGUGGAGCGUCACAACCAACAGAUUGUUGGAGACGCAAAGAAAUGGUGCGAGAUGUCGUAUGAUGACUACAUCCGCAAGAAGCUUAGGUUGGAAGCAGCUGAAGCGAGGGAACGGCAGAGAAAGGCAUCAGAGCUGCAAGAGGAGGAAGAGGAGUAUGACGACGGGAUGGACCUGGACUUGAAGAAGAUGACCGAUCCCCACGCCCCGCAUAACCAGUUUUACAUCACGAAAUGAAAGGUUAGGCGUGCCACAGCAUAGAUUUAGUGCAACAGAUGUGAAUAUUUGAUAUAGCUUUGUUCCUUGAAAUAGUAAGCGCAUUAGGCUGCUGGCUUCCUUGGCUCAGGUCUGGUUGCAGCUAUAGCACUCUAAUAAUAGAAGCUGCCAAGCUGGAGAUCAUGCUUGUUUGCCUGGUCAACUGUUGAAGUUGUGGAUUGAGAAUUUUGACCAUA